AUGGCCGCAUCAGGAGGAAAUAUUGAGUGGUCUACAACUGUAAAACCGAUUUUAACAGCUCUCUACGGCCCAUUUUUUGACAAAAAUGAUGCUGUGGAAAUCAUUCAAGCUAUCAUUAAGAGCGAAAGUGAGUUCCAGAACCAUGAAGAUAUCUACGACUUAUUCUACACAUGCUUUGCAUGCCUGUCUGCGCAUUUUAUUAGCAUGAAUGCUAAUAAUCUGCCAAAUGACCAGCUAAGUACAGCACGAGAUGCAUUUAGAGUUAUACUCCGGCAAAUCUUGAAGAAGCUCUCUGAAGCAGGAUUGAGCUGUGAUGAUAAUGCCACAACUGCAGCACCAAAUGUGUCUGUUAAACAGUUGCUUCUACCAAUUGUUGGACUAUGUGGAAUCGAUGGCGGGGGUUACCCCCAAUCUGACUUAGUUAUAUUGACUUCACUACUGAAAAACGCCAAGUUACCCGCGCAUGUCACUGUACCCGAUACCCAAGCCACAAAAUCAUCGGUUAUACCAAGCUCGAUUACGUCACUGUCGUCACAAACUGCCUCCACUGAGAAACAGCCGCCAUCGAAUGCUCAGCGGCGUUCUGACGCGCUAUUGGAACAGCUAACAGCGCCACUAAGAAACCCAAUAGCUUCAAUGUCGGUGUCUCAAACCCAACCGACGACUGCAGUGUUGUCGCCUGGAAGUAAGGAUAGCUUGGAAAGUUCUAAAGAAGGGAAUGUUUCUCAACAGGCUUCAAUUGAUAUGAAGAAGUGGGUUGCAUCGACCUGCUCAUCUUUGCUUAUGGAGCUGAGAGCAGGCGCUGUGGUGCUGGAGGUGUGUUCGUCACUCCCUUGUCUGCAGCGUUACUUCAAUCGCUGGCAAUCCUCCAAGGAGCUAGCGUCACCUCCUCACUUCAAUUCUGAUGCUUCACUUCUUCACUUUCUUGUGAACGAAGUGCAUGUUUGUCGCCUUGCGUUGUCUUUGCCGUGCCUUGAACCAUUUACACCAGAACGCAUUGUGACGCUUAGUGAUGUUAGCGUCGCUGCCCUGCUAUGCGCUACAACACAGGCAUCUUUACACCCAAAAGACGAAGAAUAUGAGCAACAGACAGCUACUCUGGUUGAGAGUGCACUCAGUUUGUACAACACUGUUGGGGACACAUUCAAACAAUCCACUCGUGCUGGUGGUUACGUAUAUCAAAAUCAUCUGAUGAUUGGCAGUUGGGUUUUGCUCUGUGGUUUACAUCACCCACUGGCCGGUGCACCUUAUCCCACCACAGCGCCCGGGAAGAGCCCUGCCAAGACACCUUCCAGGCCCUACAAUCUCACUAAGAUGCAACAGGGUCUAGGCGUAGUGUGGGUGGCGCUGGGCGGGCGCUGCCUGGCGUGGCUGAGCGCGCUGCUGUCGGACGCGCGCCUGGAGGCGCUGAGCUGCGGCGAGGCGGUGCCGGCCGCGCCCGCGCCGCUGCACAUCCUGGCGCAGCACACGGCGCACCAGAGGGAGCUGCGCCUCGCCUCGGCGGCCCCUUUGCAUCAGCUACUCGUGGCUCUGGGUGUCGUUUGCUACCGCAAAGCGACAAACUUGAAACGAGCCGUAGUACAGAAACAACACCACGAUGCGGACCCCGACCGCUCUGACUCAACUGUCUACUUUCAGGAUAUGAUACUAUGCUCCGAGGAUUCAGAGACUGAUGAUGAAGAUAGUGAACCUCUAUUUGGGUUAUGGUUCGAAUCGACCCUUGUGGCGCCCGACGCUACAGAAAACAGCGGCUUAGUGCGCGCGGCCGCCAACGAUAACGAUAAUAAUGCUGACGCACCAGCUCGACACCACCAGGCCAUCGUGCCCGACAAGGCUGAGCCCUAUAGCUACAUCACACUGGCUACUGAAGUAUUUGUAUUACUUACUGAAGAGAUCAUAAGUGAAGGCUCUGAGCGUCUCGGUCAGCAAUCCUUACAAUUACAUGAUGCUCAUCAGGCAUUGCUUGCAGCGUUAGCCAAGGAUUUGGACAGAGAGACUGCUCGCACUGACACUGGCACCAUCUCUUCGUGCUUCGGCGCCCGUUUAGGCGCGCUGUACUCGUCCUUCAGUUCAGCGCUAGUGCGGUACUUGCAUAAUCUCAGCGGCCUGCCCUCGUUUGCGAGUCUGCAGCCGGCUUUACAUCAGCAGCUUAUAUCCGCUGGUGCAGAACGAACUAAUAUGACUCCACUACAGGUGGGUCCGCGCGUAGUAAAACUACUAGGCAGUAUGGUGCUGAGCAAGCAGGCUGCAGAACGAGAGAACAGUAUAUUGGCGAUGUGGCACAAGAUUGUGAACACGCUGCAAGAGUGCGCCCUUCAGCCACAACCCUCACAGGAUCAUGAUUAUGAAGAUUUAAAUGUUGAACACGCCCAACUAUUAGUCUAUCUCUUCCACUCAUUGACACUUAUGCAAAAGAAGUCUGUACUACUUAUGACGUCCAAUGCCAUUAUUAAAGUGGUAGAAACAUUGGCAAUUAGCGAUAGGAAGAGAGCUACAAACUUGGCUCCACAUCAGCUGAUGUUGACAACUCGCCUAAUGUUGCUGCUUGAAUACUUAAUGAGACACCUCUAUGACGCUCCACAAACAUUAUUACAACAGAUUGAAUGGAACCUGGUCAUCGCCCCGGGUCUAGCUCAGCCUGCUGCAGAAAGCAAUGGUGGCACAAAUGGUAGCAAGACGACUAAUAAUGGACAGCCUAAGGCCCGCAUUUACUGCGAAGUGCCUUUCAUUGAACAGGCCUAUAGACGAUUGUCGCAAGACGAGAUGUCUAUGAGACCCAAAUUCUAUGCUCUGACUAAUGCUGAGAUCAACAAUCAGGAAAACCCUAAGUUUGAUGGUCUAGCUUGUAACUUCGUGCUCGGCACGCCUCACAAGCUCAAGUACCCACUGCUACUUGACGCGUUACUGUCACUUUUGAACUCUGCAUGUGUAUGCGACAAUGACAACUAUCACUCGUCGCCUGCCGCGCUUGCCGCCUCACACUACUGUUUCCAGACUGCUUGGAGGUUAGUGAUAAGCAUGCCCCCCGCCACUCCGCACAUGGACAAGCUGCAGGCGGGCACGAGCGCCGAGCUGACGUCGCCGCUGCCGCUGCACGCCGUGGUGUGGGCGCCGCGCGCAGACAACAAGAAGGUGUUCAACCCCUGGCUCAAGGACGCGCUCGUCAAGCAGGGCAUGUACACGCAGUAUGCUGAGAAUUUGUUAGCUGGUGUCAGCGCAUCUUGCGACAAUAUUAAAUACACGGCGUGGCUCGCUUCAGAAACCAUAAAACAUUUAAAACAAAAUAUUACUGCCGACGGUUUACCAUCGCUACUGGACGUGAUAUCAUGCGACUCGGCGCUAGUCAGGUUCAAAGUAUGCUUAGCUGACUCUGCUACACCAUCCGAGGCUCAUCAGUUCAUGCCUGACUUAUUGGAUUUACUUGAAACGGUCCUUGAUUGUUGUCGCCUGAGCGCCGGCAUGGAGCUUGAAGGUCUAAUGGAGAGUUCAAACAACCCAUCCGAAGCGGCCGUCAGUAAGGCUCGUCUACAAGUGUGCGGAACGUCGGGCCCAGUGGGUAACGCUUCAGGCAGUACGCCUCCGCCCGCGCUGGGGGCCUGGCUCAGGGGACACUUGCCGCCCAAUGCGUCAGCCGCUUUGGACAGACUAUCCUCACCGCCGCCUCUCGCUUGUAUCAACUUGUCAUUCUAUGCGGCUCACAUCAUCCCAUCAGAGAGUGCAGUCCUGAACUUAGUCUCGUCUCACUGCGAACUCAUCACGGCCAACACGAAGUAUUCGCUCGGCCCAUCAUUGAUGAUGCUCGCAUAUUCAGCUGCGAAGUUACUUGAGGUGGGAGCUAGUAAACUUGCUGACAGCCCUGAGUUGAUGAAGAAGACCCUAGAUUUGAUCAUACCAGCUUUGACGGACGGUCGCUUGGAAUUCUUGUCGGAACCUCUGGCGGCUACACUCAACACUCUAGUGCCGCUAGUGCAAAAAGCAGAGCAAUUGAUACAUGAACACAUACUAAAGACGACAUAUGGGGUACUCGUCGAACAUCUACAACCAUCUACUGAGAAAACAUUAAAGCAUAUGGUAAAAUAUUGGGAAAAGAUAUUGGAUCGGCCCGCCGGCAGGUUGGCUUACGAGAAGGUCUUCGCGGAUAACUCUGGAUACACUCUUGGCAAGAUUCUGCUUUCGGCGCCUAACGCUAGAAAUCCUUAUGCUGAAAGAGUCAUAAAGUUAUUUAUUAAAAUAUUCAACGGAUGCGAGAAUGAACUGAGUAGCGCUCUCUGUAUAUCCGUGUGCAAGUUUGUUGGUGUUGCUGACCAGCAGAAGCUAUCCAUGUUAUUGACACACAUAUGCAUGGGAACACCAACAACAAGUGGUGCAAAUGGGACUGCUAACGGUACGCCAACGGAAACGGAGCUUCCCACACCUACGUCGUCCGCUCCUGAUGCGGUGAGCAAUCCCGCCUCACUGGCGCUCCGCAACGCACUCCGUAGUGUGUUCCGAAGCGAGAGUGAUUCUCAGCCUCGCAAUGAGAACAACUCUCAGAGAAAUGAUUCGGAUUUACCUGUUUUUGAUACACCGUCUCCAGCACCAAGGGCACAAUCUGAAAAUGCAGAGCAACCCGUUAAUUCAGAAAGCUGCAGCUGGUCUGACGGCGCCAAAGAGAGUUCUCCAACGAGUGCUGCCACCACUGCCGCGGUCGCAGAGCCUGCGCCGGCGCCGCUCACGGACACAGCCAACGACAACGCCGCGCUACUUACCGCUUUGUGCAAACAUAUUGUACAACACAGUGGUGAUGACGUCAGUGAGCGCAUGCUGAACACACUGAUCGGUGUUUGCGGUGAGAACUCGUGUUCGCCGUUACUACUGCGGGAGAUGUGUCGCUUGGCCGAUGCACACGCUGGCAGGGAUCACCAACUAUUGUUCCCGGCUGCUGUUGGAUGGCUCUCUGCUUGCGUGGACAAUCUAAGCAGCCCAGAAGUCCUAGAAAAAUUGGAGGAAGGUCAAGUCGAUGGAAACUUGGCACCACAAAUCGAGUCCGCAUGCGUAUUAUUGUCGUAUCUGGCUGACGCCUUACAUGCCAUCAAUACUACACAGCCACACACUUGGCGUUCAGUGAGCCCCACCUGGGAAUCACCUUCGGAUCUAGGAUUCGAUUUGGAUUAUACUGACGAACAACAAGACGAAGACGACACGAGUGCUGAUGAUUCGGAUGAAGAUGCGAUGCUUCAAUACAAGUUAUGCACAUUUACGGUGACUCAACGAGAAUUUAUGAAUCAGCACUGGUAUCAUUGCCACACGUGCAAGAUGGUGGACGGUGUGGGCGUGUGUACUGUGUGUGCACGCGUCUGCCAUCGCGGACAUGACGUCUCGUACGCCAAGUUUGGAAACUUCUUCUGUGACUGUGGAGCGAAACCUGACUCCAGCUGUCAAGCGUUGGUGAAGCGAUCAGUGACUUUAGGUGGAGCGCGAGAUGCUGGCACCGAAGAAACAACGCCUGCUCCUUCCCUUCGGCGUCGUCCGUCCAGUCCUGCACCUCCUGCGAUACUGGCGCCACCACGCCGACCUGUUCUUGCUUCUAAUAUACAAGGUUGCCGUCAGUACCUGUCGCAGUACUCGGGCUGGGGCGCGUGCAUCUCGCGCGUGCGGCGCCUGCUGGAGGCGCUGGCGGGCGGAGUGCGCCUCGCGUGCGAGCGCGCCUCGCCCACGGGCGCGCACGGCCGUGCACAGCGGGCACUCGCUACUCUACACCUUGGGGAGAAGAAGUUUACACAUACUGAUAAUCUUAUGCUACCCACACUCGGCUCUCAGGAAGGCGCAUUCGAAAACGUCCGAAUGUCGUACACCGGUGAAACAGGACAAACUAUCCGUCAGUUGAUGUCAGCGCAUAAACUACGGCGUGUUGCUAUGUGCUGUCUCGCCUCGCCACAGGGACGAAGACAACACCUCGCCGUUUCGCAUGAUAAAGGAAAAAUCACCGUUCUGCAACUUUCGGCUCUGUUAAAACAAACAGACUCAUCUAAAAACAAAUUAACUUUGACUCGGCUUUCAUCUGCCCCUAUACCGUUCAUGGUGCUGAGUCUCAGUGGCAACCCAUGGAAUGAAGAUCUACUAGCCGUGUGCGGACUCAAGGAGUGUCAUGUAUUGACAUUUAAUAGUGGUGGUGCCGUAGCCGACCACUUAGUACUGAAUACCGGCUUAGAAGGCAACAAUUACGUAAUUAAAGCGAUAUGGCUGCCGGGCUCCCAGACUCAACUCGCGUUAGUGACGUCAGACUUCGUCAAGAUAUUUGACCUGAGCAAGGAUCUUAAUAAUCCAAUGCAUCACUUCCUCGUUCCUAGUGGAAAGGUUCGUGACGUAACAUUCGUGAACCAAGACGGCGUCAUGCACAUGUUGUGUAUGAGCUCUGCCGGUCAUAUUUACUGGCAGCCGAUGAGUGAAGAGUCUCGGGCAACGCUUGGCACCUUCUACGUCACUAAUACUCUUGAAGUUUUGCAUCCUGAGAUACAGGAUGUAGCAGGACUAGUUGGAGGCGGCGGUGUCUCAAUAUACUAUUCACACACACUAAAGAUGAUGUUCUUCUCGUAUGCCCAAGGCAAGAGUUUCCUUGCGCCACUCAAUACGGUUGAAGAGAGCGUCAAAGGCACAGCCAUGAUAGUGCUUUCAACCAGUUCGAGUCAAAAGGAAGGGGGUGGUCGCGGUAGUGGGAAACAAGCCGGCGCCCAGUCACUGUGCCAGUGGGCCGAGGUGCCCGGACAUCCUGGACUGGUCACUGCUGUGAUGCAAGCCUCUAACAACCCUGUCGUAUUAAUGUUGACACCCACUAAUAUAUACGUGCAGGAGAUAAAGGUAGUUCCAGCCAAAGCUAAAAUUACCGACAUGGUAGCGGUCCGCCACUGGUGCGGCGGCGGCGGUGAACAGAAGAGCACACUGAUUUUGCUUUGUGAAGACGGUAGCCUCAGAAUGUACGCGGGCAGCAACGAGCACACCGGGUAUUGGCUGUCGCCCGCCAUACAGCCCACACAUGCUCCGCGCCGCCGCCCCAAGCUACUGUCGCACCACGCCAAGGGGAAGGAACAGCAGGUUGUUACCAAAUCGAGCGCAAAUGGCGCACCACAGUUCCCCAUUGACUUUUUCGAGCACUGCGUCGCGAUGAACGACAUCGAGUUCGGUGGUAACGAUCUACUGCAAGUAUACAAUACGCAGCAAAUUAAACACCGUCUCAAUACCACAGGUCUGUACGUGGUGUCCACGAAAAUGAGCGGUUUCACAAUGGAAGUUAUAAACUCGGAUCCCAAUAUGGUCAUCUGUGGUAUCCGAGUUCUGCUCGGUAGUCAAGAUGUUGCUAGAACUCCUACAUGCCUUGAAGUGUACGGUAGAUCUAUCCAGACGCUAGUGGUUCGCAAUCGUUGGUUCGACAUACCCCUAACACGUGAAGAAUCUCUGCAGUCUGACAAGAAACUUGUUAUCAAUUUCGGACCAUCUCAAGAUCCUGACGGUGUUACUAUGGUUGAUUCUCUAAAGGUGUAUGGCAAGAAUAAAGAACAAUUUGGAUGGCCAGAGGAUAAUGAAGACCCAUCUGCUUGUCCGUCAUCUAGCAAGGUGGCUACGGAGGGUGAAGGCGGCGCAGGCGGCUGGAAGCCUUCCCCCCUGGAGCGCCUGGCGUGCGCGGCGCUAGAAGCGCUGGAGUUGGGCGCAGGCGCCAGCGCCGCCGGGGCGCACGCCGCGGCCGAGCCGGCGCGCCGCCUGCUCUGCGCUCCCGCACCGCCCUUGUUGCAUGCGCGGGCGCAGUGUCUACUGCGGGCGCUGCAUCACUCGCACUACCACCAGUACAAGGACCAAGCCAUCUUGAAAUACGUUUGCACGUCCUUACGCGAGCUACGUGAUACGGCGGACCCCUACAACAUCGAUCCUGAAGCGUACUUCCGUUUAGUGUUGUUAGCGCGAGGUGUGGCGGUCGCCAGACCUAACCAUCUCGUGAAAUACACCACCCCACCUCCGCCGAGACCUGCGAAUGGUGACUGGUCCGUAUUAUGGAAAGGCGGCAGUACUGAAAAUCAAGAAGACAAGGAUAAGGAGCCGCAUUUGUGCGGUUUAUUGACAAGUGUGCUUUGGCGUUUAACUGCCUGUCGAACUUCAACUGCACAGCCGCCUGGCAUAUUGUCCUAUGGGCUGCGACACCCAGAACAUACAAUGCAUGCUCUCGCCGACACUAUACAUGCUUUCCAAUUGCACGGUGAGCCAGAAUGUAUCGAAUUUGGCAAUCAAAUCUACCUAUCUCUUCUACUGGCCGAAGACCAAAGUAUUAGUUUUGGAGCUAAAGCUGCACUGAUGCGAGUUCUUCGACCGAGAGUGAAGCGGCGCCGCGUGUAUAUACCAUCCCCUCCGAACACACCAGGGACAGGCAACAAAAGUGCUGGCUCGUCAGUAACUACGGCACAACCAACAAGUUCGAUCACCGAGGCAGUCGUUUCUGAAUCUGACCUAAGCGCAAACCGUGACGACCAGCAAGAAAACCAAUUCAUGGACGUUGACGACUCUCUAGAGCCUAUGGUCCUUCUCGCACCUGACGGAGGUUUGGAAGCCCUACUGGAUAUUCCACCAGAUGCUGACGAUGAGACUAUGGUCGAACUAGCCAUAGCUUUGUCUUUACAAGAACAACCAAGACGUGCACCCCCUGCACCCUCCGCUCCACCCCCGCCAGCUCCUGGCUUCAGCGAUGCUACUGCCUCACCACCUGCUUCUGACGACGAAGGGAGCACCGCCGCCACGGACGGAAGUACGCUCCGCACGUCUCCCGCCGACCCUCCCGGCUCUGCGGGCUCCGAUAGCGGCGGCUCCGGGGCCGACAGCAUCGGGGGCGUCUCGGGACGUAGCAGUGCUUACGGAGAAAUGGUGUCGGCUCCUUCGGGAACUAUACCACCUUCCACUGUCACAGCGGCACCUGUUUCUAUCGCAGCUGCCCCAUCGUCGUCUUCUUCCCAGCCGGUAGCAUCCACAUCUCGCACAAUUGAAGCGGAAACUGAAACACGUAAAUUGCAUGCGUUGAGAUUGUCUCUGCUGUCUGCAGCUCUUAAUGCCUUACCAACACUUAGGUAUCUGCCGGGAGUCAGGGCUAUACCUUUUGUUCAGGUGGUCCUCAUGCUAGCUGGCGAUCUCGACUCCAGCGUAGAGGGAGACCGGGCAGUAUUAGACCGUCUACUCGAACUGCUAGUCUCUGAACUGGAUAUCCAAGGCACAGAAAAUACUUCUUCUGAAGACCGUGCCGAUCGAAAAGAACUACAGGUGGCUAUUAUGCGGUUGGAGUUGCUGGUUUCUGAGUUUGAUAUGCAAGGAGACGAAACUGCUACACCGAUACAUGAGCGAACGAAUAGGCGAGAGCUACAGAUGGUUAUAAUGAGAUUGCUGAGUGUGCUGAUGGCACGCUGGAAGAGCUCUGCAACAAGCGGCACAGCGGCCGGUCGCAACGAAGUAACAGGCGGCGCGUGCGCAGCUCACGUGUCGCGCCUCGCCGCCGCCGCACUCGUGCGCGCCGGGGCUCCGGCUCACUGUUACCGCGUGCUAGCUGCCCUGCUGCCUUACUGGAAGGAGAAAGCUAGCAACGCUGGAAGUACUACAACCGGUCAACAGUUGUUAAAACCGCAACCACCUCAACCAUUGCCUGACAUGCAGCCUUUCUUCGACAAGGAUUAUGUUAAGAGUCACGCUCUCGACGUGUUCGAUAAUUAUCCACAACUGCUCAUGGAGAUGGCAUUGCGUUUGCCGUGCCAGAUACAUAAACAUUGUGACCCCUCUAACUUUGAUGCUCGCUGGCGCACACUACUCUGCGAGUAUAUGAUGAACCAGCAGACACCGCUCAGGAAACAAGUCCGUAAACUAUUGCUGUUGUUAUGUGGUACGCGUGAGCGCUACCGACAGCUGCGGGACGUGCACGCGCUCGACACGCACCUCAACGCGGCGCGCGCCCUCCUUACCACCGACCCUGCUUAUGACAAGCUCGUGCAGCUUAUGGAACAUCUCAAGGCGUGCGCAGAGAUAGUGAGCGCGCGCACGGGCAACUGGCAGCACACGUGCUUGACGGAGCGGCGCGAGGCGCUGGCGUGGCUGGUGACGGUGGCGCGGCGCGUGCACCCGCACGUGGCGCCCACCGUGCUGCAGCUGCUGCAGGCGGCGCUCUGCGCGCCACACAACCAUCCGCGCAACGAAAACAAGAACUCAACCGAUUGGCCUGAGCGUGAACGAAGCGCCGAAAGUGACGCGUUUUCGUCUGACGGCUCUAAGUUCCAAGAACAGAGAGUUGGACCGCUCGUUCAACAGAUAUUGAAACAGGUGUCACAAGAUGAAUUAAGAAUGUUUGUGAAGGCCUUCCUUCUUGAGACCAAUUCAACUGCAGUACGCUGGCAGGCACAUGCCUUACUUCUUGCUAUUUAUAAUAAUUCUUCACAACCAGAGCAGGCUUCAUUAGUGUCCCUGCUGUGGGCCAUCUGGCCUACCUUGCCGCAGUACGGACGCAAGGCGGCACAGUUCGUGGACUUACUUGGAUACUUCACUUUGAAGACCCCCAAUAUCGAUACCGAGAAAUAUGUCGGCAGUGCAGUCGAACUUUUGCGCAACCAGAAUCUUCUGUUAUCCUCUCAUGGCAACGCAGUUUUGUAUGCAGCUCUGGGCUCAUUCGUAGAGCUCGAUGGAUACUAUCUCGAGUCGGAGCCAUGUCUGGUCUGCAACAACCCUGAAGUGCCGAUGGCCACCAUUAAAUUACCUACUAUCAAGAUCGACUCGAAGUUCACCACAACCACGCAGAUAGUGAAGCUGGUCAACAGCCACAUGAUCAGCCGCAUCAACCUGCGCAUCAGCGACAUCAAGCGCAGCAAGAUGGUGCGCACCAUCAACUUCUAUUAUAACAAUAGGACUGUGCAGGCUGUGCAAGAGCUUAAAAACAGACCGGGAAUGUGGCACAAAGCAAAGCGUGUGCAACUACAAUCAGGUCAGUCUGAAGUCCGCGUGGACUUCCCAUUGCCAAUCGUUGCGUGCAACCUCAUGAUGGAAUACGCUGACUUCUAUGAGAAUCAACAAGCAACAGGCGAAUCCUUGCAAUGUCCUCGCUGCUCUCAAUCGGUGCCCGCUAACCCUGGCGUUUGCGCUAACUGCGGUGAAAAUGUCUUCCAGUGUCAUAAGUGUCGUGCUAUAAACUACGAUGAAAAGGAUCCUUUCCUAUGUCACGCCUGCGGUUUCUGCAAGUAUGCGAAGUUCGACUACACGUUGACCGCGCGGCCUUGUUGCGCCGUUGACACUAUCGAGAACGACGAAGAACGCAAGAAAAUGGUGCAGACCAUCGGCGCACUCCUCGACAAGGCGGACCGCGUCUACCGUCAGCUGGUCUCCAACAAACCUGUGUUGGAGUCUCUUCUCCACAAAAUAAGCGAACAUCGUCUAGAAGGUCGUCCGGGCGAUGAUAACAGUAACAACAACAGCAACACAUCGUUCAGCGGAGCGCAAAUUAAUAGGGUCAUACAAACACUCGCUCACAAGUACUGUGUCGAUAGCAAGGGUCAUUUCGAGGACCUUUCAAAAAUCAUACAGAAGGUGCUUGCUUGUCGGAAGGAGCUGGUGUCAUUCGAUAGAUCACAGAGCGAACAAACAACGGGUGAUACUUUGCCGGUCUACGCUGGACUGCUACAGAAUUACGAUGGUGAAGUUACUAAAGUCUGUCCUGAAUCGGGCGGUGGUUGCUACGGUUGCGCCCUGGCGUGUGCUGAACAUUGCUUGACAUUGCUGCGAGCCCUCGCGUCCCAGGCUGAGCAUAGAACAAGACUUUGUCGCUUUGGUCUGGUACAGGAAUUAGUGCAGCAUAACCUGCAUCGUGGUACUCCUCAGAGCCAAGAAGAAGUACGUGCUUUGAUUUGUUUGGUCACCCGCGACAACUUACCGGCAACGGAACAACUAUGCAACAUGUUGUCGCAACGAAUUACGCUCUCGCUUAUGGGUCACGCUGCCUCACAGGAUCAUAACAACUCUGUGCGUCCACUAGUACUCCUCCUUGGCUCACUGAUCAAAGUCCAGGACUCUGUAGAAUGUUGGGAGGCAAGGUUGCGAUGUAUCGUCAGGUUAUGGGUGUGGUGUUGUCCACAACUAACCGAAGUGGCUGGCAUAGCUCCAGCUGCGAGCAGCAUAUUGAAGGAGGAAGCGAUAAUUGGUAUUCCGGGCAUCAAUUCAUCAUCUCCGAACUUCUUAUCAUGUCACACAGCGCAUCAGUUUGCUCUACAACAAGUGGCGCUGCCGUGUCUCCGCUACAUGCAACAGCUGAUGGCGCCCGCCACGCCCUCCGCGACCUCUAGCGCUCCUGAGUCUGAACAACCGAAAGAGAAUACCAAGGAGGGCAGUAUUUCGACGCUGGUGGGCUUUGCGGGCGCAUCGGCGGCCGGCAACGUGGUGGUGGACCUGGCGGCGUGGCUGGCCGGCGCCGUGCCGCACGGCAAGUGGCGCCGCCUGGCCGCGCCGCGCGACCCGCCGCUGGCGCCGCCCUCGCACCGCGACGCGCACCUCGCGCACAAAUAUCUCGCCAAGUGGAGGGAGAGGACGAUGCUAUCGCAUGGUAUGCGGCCACUCGCCCUCGAAGACGGUGGAUGGUUACGACCUGUGAUGUUCGACCCCAGCUCUCGCAUCGCUCGCGACACCGCUUGCCAAAUGGUUAAAUCGCUAUGCGACUCUUAUGAGAGAACUAAAGCUGUAUUGAUUCUAUUGACUAGUUUCCUGCCUGAAGUCGGCUCUGCAGGAGAGGCUAGCGAACAGUUCUUGCAGCUAUAUCAAACGUUGGCUUCUGAAGCACCAUGGAAACAAUUCCUUGCACUUCGAGGAGUUCUGCAACAGAUAGCAGAUUUAAUGACUAAGGAAAUCGAGCAACUUCAUCGUCUAGAAGAAACUACCCUUACAUCUGAUCUUGCACAAGGCUAUGCACUAAAACGUCUGACGGAGCUGCUAGCAAUGUUCCUAGAGGAGAGUGGUGCCAGACGAACAUACAAAGGUCGUCUGGUGGGCGCGGUGUUGGGCGGCUACCUGUCGCUGCGCCGCCUCGUUGUACAACGCACUCGCCUCACCGACGACACACAGGAGAAGCUUUUAGAGUUACUUGAGGAGAUGACCACUGGCACGGAAGCAGAAACAGCUGAAUUUAUGGCAGUCUGCAUAGAAACGGUGCAAAAGUAUCCUCUAACUGACUACCGUACUCCAGUGUUCAUCUUUGAACGUCUCUGCUCUAUUAUUUAUCCUGAAGAAAAUGAUGUUGGAGAGUUCUUCCUUACACUUGAAAAGGAUCCGCAGCAAGAAGACUUCUUACAGGGCCGUAUGUUGGGUAACCCAUACUCAUCUCUGGAGCCAGGCAUGGGACCAUUAAUGCGUGACGUGAAGAACAAGAUCUGCACGGACUGUGAAUUAGUGGCUCUGUUGGAAGACGACAACGGUAUGGAGCUCUUAGUCUGUAACAAGAUUAUGUCACUCGACUUGCCAGUGAAGGAUGUUUACAAAAAGGUUUGGUGCACAUCGGGCGAGGGCGUCGAUGCCAUGCGUGUUGUAUACCGUAUGCGUGGUUUACUUGGUGAUGCUACAGAAGAGUUUGUGGAGAGGCUAACUCAGGCUAACACUGAGGCAGUCGAUGACGAACAAACUUAUAGAAUGGCUAAUGUGCUCGCUGACUGUGGCGGUAUCGAGGUGAUGCUGCAGCGUCUGGCCGCGAUCCAGCGCGUGGGCGGCGCGCGCGCUCUGUGCUCGACGCUGCUGCGGCUGGUGUCGCUGUGCACGCGCGUGCGGCGCUGCGUGCGCGUGCUGACGCGCGCCGACACGCGCGCGCUGCCCGUGCUGCUGCACGCGCUGCACCUCGCCGCCAUCGACGAGCGCGACAUGCCGCGCGCGCAGCUCGUCUACCAGCUCCUCGAGAUUAUGGAACGUAUUCUCUCCGUGGCCGCUAGUGAAAGCCUCGAGUCAUUCCUUCAAUUCUCUCUUACGUUCGGUGGACCGGAAUAUGUGCAAGCCUUGUUGAACUGUACUGAGUGUCCAGGUAUACGCAACAACUCAGUCGCUCUAGGUCACCUAACCCGUGUCUUAGCCGCUCUAGUCUACGGCAAUGAUCUCAAGAUGGCGAUGUUAGUGGAACACUUCAAACCAGUCCUGGACUUCAAUCGUUUGGACUCGGAACAGUGGACCGAAGAAGAAUUCCGUAUGGAGCUCUUCUGUGUGUUCUGUGCCAAUAUUGAACGGAACUCUAUCGGAGGCACUUUGAAAGAUUAUCUUAUAUCGCUUGGAGUAGUCAGAGAUGCUCUGGAUUAUAUUGUAGAACACGCGCCUUGCGUUAAGCCUACCUUGGUGUGCACUGACUCGGACGAACUCAAGGAGUUUAUCAGUCGACCAGCUUUGAAAUACAUCCUAAGAUUCCUGACUGGCCUGGCGGCAGAACAUGAACCCACUCAGAUGCUGGUGUGCGAAAAAGUGAUACCAAUCGUGCAUCGCUUAGAACAAGUAUCAUCAGGCGAACACGUGGGCUCGCUCGCUGAGAACUUAUUAGAAGCCCUGCGGUCUCAGCCACAAUGUGCCGCUAAGGUGCAGCAAGUCCGAGAUUUCACUCGACAGGAGAAGAAACGUUUAGCGAUGGCGGUACGCGAACGUCAGCUGGGCGCGCUGGGCAUGAGGAGCAACGAGCGAGGCCAGGUGACGGCGCAGUGCUCGCUCACGCAGCAAGUGGCCGACCUCGCGGAGGAGAACGGCGCCGUCUGCUGCAUCUGUCGCGAGGGCUACAAGUACCAGCCUACCAAGGUGCUCGGUAUCUAUACGUUCACGAAGCGUUGUCCCGUAGAGGAGUACGAGGUGCGCGCUCGCAAGACCCUGGGCUACACCACCGUGUCGCACUACAACAUCGUACACGUCGAGUGCCAUAUGGCAGCCGUUAGACUUGCGCGUGCCAGGGAUGAGUGGGAGAGUGCAGCUCUUCAGAACGCGUCUACGCGUUGUAACGGUCUGCUGCCCCUGUGGGGCCCACACGUCCCGGAGUCGGCCUUCGCUAGCUGUCUUGCACGGCACACUACCUACUUGCAGGAGUGCACGGGUCACCGCGACAUCGGUCACACGUGUACGCUGCACGACUUGAAGCUGUUGCUGCUGCGGUUCGCUCGAGGGCGCACGUUCCACGACGACACGGGCGGCGGCGGCCCGCUCUCCAACAUGCAGCUCGUUCCCGCACUCAUACACAUGGCGCUCUACGUUAUCAACACGUCGCGCGUGGCGGCGCGCGAGGCGUCUGCACUGGAGGCGGCGCUGGCGUGGGCUCCCCCGCGCCUGCUGGAGGCCGCGCACGACGCCGAGGGGCCGCUCUACUUCCUCACGCUCAUGCUCAUGCUCUACCCGCACCACAAAUGGCGUUCACUAAAAGUGGAUAUGCUGAAACGGUUGUUGGUGAUCGGUCACGUGCGUGCGAUAGCGCCGGGCGGGCCGGCCCUGCGCGCCGUGCCGCCCGAGCACCGCGCGCCCAAGCAGUGGACCGACUACAAACACUACGCGCUCUUCGUGGCUAUUAUAGACCAACUCUAUAACGUCAUGUUUAAGAACGUAAGUGCAACAACUGUAGACCAGUGGCCAAUCAAACUCGCCGAAUAUGUUCGACACAACGACGAAGCGAAUGGGAAGGCGGCCGAGCGCAUCGUCACUACAUUAACCGACGAGCUACUGCCGUGCGCCUCGUUCGCGGAAUUCUGCGACGCCGCCGGCUUCCUAGAAGACAUCCCCGAACCCGACAACUUCUUCCAGGCCCUCAUAGACGAGCAACCUUGA